ACAGAUAAAGAAAGAGAAAGAAAGAGAUUUGAGUAAAUUGGUUUAUCCCUUUUUCCAAUCUUAUUUUUACCUUAAUUACAGUUAAGUUGUUCAACUGUUCAAGGUAGAAUUAAAGAAGAGAAGGAAAAAAGGAGAAAAGAAAUUAACUCAAUCAGUUGAAUUGUUUUUCUCCACCAACAAGUAGCCCUUGAGGAACUUGAUGGUCUUUAGGCCUCAGAUUUGUUUCUCAAUCAACAAAAGAACAAAACAAAAAUUGAUUUACUUUCGCAUUUUCUUUUCUAUUUUACCUGAAUUUCCAUCAUCAUCUUCAUCUUCUUCUAGUGUUUCUCUGUGAUAAAUGAAUACCUUGAAUUGUGUUUUCUUCGCGUCCCAAAAGUGACCAUUGUGAAAGGAAAACCUUUUCAGUGUUAAGAAUUUUUUGUUUUCUCUUCUCCUUGUUGACCCUUUUAUUUUUAUUCCUUUGACCUGGUGCUUGAAUUAUGUUCCAAUUGGAGGGCAAUAACAAUAAAAACAUUUACCUUCCUGCUGUCGAAAUAAAUUGUCCAUUAUCGCCGUCGCCAUCUUAUUCAAAUAGCGUUUACGAUUGUGGUACCAAGAUGUACACUCUAUGUGUAAAAUCAAUAGUCUCCAGUUUGGAUAAAUUUCAACCCAAUAUUCAUUGUUUACCUGUUAAUGUACAACUUGAUCUGUACCUUGAGAUGUUUAUGAAUGAACGAUGGACCGAUUUGAAUGAUUAUCUUACAAAUUUAACCAAUUUUCUCAAUCUCCUGGUUUACAAUAAAGGUCAAACACUUCACAUGUUGGUACAACGGUUAAUGGACGAAGGCCUCAAUCUAACUGGAUUUUUAACUAGAGCGAUAAGUAAGGAGAUCACAAUGAGGGUGGAAAAGGCGACCAGAUCAAAUUUCGAGCAAAUUAAUUACCAUAGGAAGUUACGAGUUCAAUUAAUGCAAAGAGCUUAUUCUUUGGCUGGUUUCUUAAUUGAAGCUGGUUGGUAUGUUGAUGCUGAGAAGAUUUUAUCAUCAAGCCUUAAAUUGCAUCUCAAUGAGAUUGAUACAAAUGAGAUAAUCGUUGAAUCCUGGAUUUUUAGGAUUAAAACUCGUUUAUUAGCAGCUCUUGUUGGUUAUUCACGUUUCAAAGAAGCCAAUCAAUUAUAUGAAGAAAUGGUUACCCUGAUUGAUGAAAAAAAUUAUGCCAAUUUACCUGAUAAAUUUGAUCUUGCUCAAGUUUACAAUCAAUUUGCCUGUUUAUUUACUGCUCAGAGUCUAUAUAAAGAGGCCUACAAAUGGAGUUGCCAAUCAAUGUCACAUUUAACCAAAAGUACUCCCAGAAUUUCAGUAAUUGAUAUCAUGUUGACCGCUGCUAAAUGUUGUACCAUUAAGAGAGACUUUGAAAUAGCCGAUUUCCUAUUACGACAAGUGCUUUUGACCUGUAAAGAGCUGUUCAAAUUGAACGAGAAAUGUGACUUCUCUCAGAUUAAUAAUUUCCAUCCAAUCAUUGGUGAUCUUUUCAUGACCAUGGGCUAUUAUUAUCACAAUAUCGAUAUGCAUGUACAAUCAGUUAAAUUUUAUCUGAAUUCAGUCAACUUUCGUAAACAGUAUUUUGGCCUUCACACAUUAACGGAACAAUGUAUAAAUUUACCUCUUGCACUUUCACGUCAAGAAUUAGCUUUCGCUUAUUAUAUUCAAGAAUAUUCAACAGGCCAUUUUGACCUUUGUUUGUAUCACAUUGAACUCGCCAAAAUGUCAUUAGAAACGCUAUUACCAAAGGAACACCAUCUACUUAUCAAUGUGUUUAGGAUAAAAGCGUUAAUCAUUGAAGAGAUGGCCAUCGAUAAUGUGGACAUAGUCGGUAAAACGGAGAUGCUAAUGGAGGCCAAUCAACUUCACCGAGAAGCGCUUAAAAUAUCUCGAAAUAUUUUGGGCGAGGAGAAUCUUCAAACGGCCAAAAAUUACUCUAAUUUAGGUCGAUUGUACCAAACGAUGCACCGAUAUGAAGAAUCGGAAAUGUUACAAUUACGAUCUAUUGAAAUUAAAGAAAAGUGUCUCGGUAAAGAUGAUUAUGAGGUCGCACAAUCAUACGGAUUUUUGGCCUCAUUGUACAGUUACGACAUGGAAAUGUAUCCGCAGGCGGAAAGUUAUUAUCUCAAAGCGAUUGACAUUGGUAUCAAAGUUUUCGGCGGUGCUUAUAUUGGCCUCGAAUUUGAUUAUCAAGGAAUCAUCAGGAUUUAUACGAGAACCGGAGAGACCGACAAAGCCUAUGAGUACGUUAAAUUGUUACGAGCAUGGAAAUCGAAAAGAUAUUCAAUCACAUCACAAUUAAGCAAGAAAGAUCUUUGUACCAGUCUAUCCGAUGAAUCUUUGGUUCCUCUUAAAUUACUCGAGAUCAAACAACAUUUUUUAAUCAAUAGACUGCACAAAGUUUGACGAUCAACCGAUUUUAUCUUCAACAAUUUACAUUAUGCUCAAUUUACCUCGAAACUGGAUUCGGAUAAAACUUUGGCCUUUUGACGAUUUAAUUAUUAUGAUUUCCUUCGAUGCUAAUUGAUCAUUGAUUAAUUAAUCUUAAUUUCAUCCAUCUCAUCAAUACACGAUAUUAUUUACUCUGUUGUCAAGACUGUUGAUCAUACAGAUGUUGUACACAUAUACACUAGUCGUCACAAUUAAUCAUCAUAGUUGAUCAAGUUAACUAAUCAUAAUUAACUAAUCUGAUUGACGUGAUUUAUGUUACACGAUUGAUUAUAAAUCAAGACACACAAAGUGGAGAUGAUGGUUAGCAAAAAAAAUUAAACAAUCAAUGAAUUGGCUUGUAUUGUCAUAAUUGUUUUAUUUUGAUUAUAUAAACGAGAUCUGCUGAUUCAA